GUCACAUUGUCCCCAACCCCUCAGGGGCCCCGUACUGGCCGUGGCCAUGGGCUGUGACCACGGGCUGUGCUGCAGUGGUGGCCUGGACGCCCAAAUCCGGUGCUGGCGCCUGCCCGACCUGGACAUGGACCCCUACGACGGCUACGACCCCGGGGUGCUCUGUGGGGUCCUGGAAGGUCACGGGGACGCCAUGUGGGGUCUGUGUCCCCCCUUGGUGACUGUCCCCAUGUCCCCAGACCCCGGGGUGCUCUGUGGGGUCCUGGAAGGUCACAGGGACAUUGUGUGGGGUCUGUGUCCCCUUGGUGACUGUCCCCAUAUCCCCAGACCCCGGGGUGCUCU